CUCAUACAUUCGCAAACUUUUGCCGACAUCCUCUUACGUCAGACGCCACAAUGUCGGACAAAUCAUUUCCUGUGAUUAUUUCCCUAACGGGAGACCGGAGGACAAACGACGUGGCUCUAAUCGACGAAGACACCGAGUCAUUCGAACAGCUUGCAGCUCUGCUCUACCAGAGUCUUCGCCCAAAGAUUCCCGAAUUCUACUUGGAGCAGGGUGAGAGGAGCAUCACAAGGCUGUGGGCGCAGUGGAACCACAGCAGCAACGAUUUCCUUCCCCAAGAGACGGAGAUUGUUGAAGGCAACGUCCGUGCCGUCCUGCGACUGCUCGCCGUCCGUCGGGGUGUGGAUUCGAUUCGGGUUUGGCUUAACGAGAUUGACUGAGAAAGGGGCGCUGGGUUGGACCUCAGCGUGCAGGUAGUCGUGCCUCGAGGAGAUGGCUUUCAAUCACACCGAGCCUGGCGGCGCGCUGGGAGUACGGCAUCUGGACUCGCUUCAACAAGGGGG